AUACCCUUUAUCUUAUCAACAAUUUCACCAAAUAAUAUUUAUUAAGGGCUUUCAGGUCAGGUUUCUCAGGUAUAAACACGCAAAUACUCCAAGCAGAGAUAUCCGAAGUGCUGAACCAUAGCAGUUCCUUGGGUUUGGAAUGUUUAGACUAGAAGCUAAUGUCGCUGGUCUAUAGUAAAGCAUGCUUUCAUUACUCCCGAGCUGAGUUUAUAAUUUAUUAGUAAAAUCUGAAGUAGACUCAAUGACCAACAAAAGCAAAUUUAGCCAAUCAGCCAAGAGAUCUGGCUUUUCCCUCAGGGUUAUGUGUAAAAACAAAAUUCUGUCACAUGAAAAAUGUCUCAUUUUUGACAUAAAAAAUAUUGGCUUAAGGAGAGAAGAAAGAAUUAGCUAUGGACAUUAUAUUUGACAGAUUUUCCCCUUUGCAUUCAUGAUAUUUGAAUUAUAUGCACAUCAUUAAAAAAAUACCGAGGCCUCAUAAAAAGCCUGGCAAGUCAGUCAUUGUAAAAUGGGAAUAUUUGCAUGUGUUGUAAUGUUUUAAGUUUUAGUAUUUGCUCAGAAUUACAGUGGUUAAGAGCUAUGGCUGCUAACCAAAAGUUCGGCAGUUUGAAUCCACCAGGCACUCCUUGGAAACUCUAUGUGGCAGUUCUAUUCUGUCCUAUAGGGUCACUGUGAGUUGGAAUUGACUUGACAGCAAUGGGUUUGUUUGCUUUUUUGGUUUAUAAUAGGGGCAGAACAUACAUGCUUUUGUAAGAACCACUUCAGCUUUUAAAAAAUACAACUCUUUUUUUAAGUCAACAAAACUUCAAAUUAUCUAAAAGAUAUACCACCGUACAAUGGGAGACCUGGUUUGACAGAAUAAACUGUGUUGGCCUUGGUGUUCAGGCAGGUUAGGUGUGUUUGUAGACUCCAGGAGAUGGAGCCAUAAGGAAUUUGUUUGCAUGAAAAGUGAAGUUGCCUCGCGAAGUGAAUGAAUCCUAAGGGAAGGCAGCAUUGCUGGGAUCCUGAAAAAGUUCAAGAACUAGAGGAGGGUGCUAGAAGGGAGUGGUGGUGUACUUUCACAUUUAAACAGCCACCAUUAGCUUGCACUGCCUGAGUCCUUGGCAGGAGAGGCAAUAAUUGAGAGCAAGUAAAAAUUUUAAGAGUGGUUUUGGAAAAAAUCUUUGUAAGACAUGGGGAGUAUUAGUCUGAAGUGCACUGUAACUAAUGCAAUCAAGUGAAAUAAGAGGGCAAAGGAAGUCCAUUUAUCCUCUUGGACUCAGCAGCACCGUCAGUGGGUAUUGUGUCUUUGCUGAGGCAGCAGCGACUUUGGGCAUCAGUGGGCAAUGGUGCCUUUUGUGGCCAUCUGGGCAUUAUUCUGUUUUCACCAUUGGUGUAGCCAAGAAUCAACACCCCAAGUAGCCAAAGCCAGAGAAAAGGAAAAUGAUAGUUUGCCAUAUGGUAGCUGAGUGCUGAAACCAACAUAAUGCCCUGUCACUGUGUUUAACAAUAAUGGGACUGGGAAUAGUUUUCUGUUCUUAUGUUAAACAAUUCUGAGAAUAAGUAAAUUUAGUUACUUGUUCCAGGAAAUACUUUUUCCUGAAAGAUAAGAUCGUGAUCCAAUUUACUCAACAAGAAUAACCUCAUCAAUCCUCGAUUAAAGAUUUUCACCUCACUGUGCCCAGCAAUCAAUGGCUAUCAUGUCAUAGAACCUGUCCAAUCCUAAUCAGGUCCCUGUCUUGUAAGACCUGCCUUAAAAUCACCCAUCCCAGUCCCUAAUAUCCUCCCAUCAUACACUUUCUGGGACACUACUUAGACUUUGUUAAGGUAAUGUUCUCCCAUACUAUAGAAAGUCUAGAAAAUAUUGCUUUAAUUGAUCAGUAUUUUUUUUGGGGGGGGGCUUGACAGUUGAUAUUGGAGCCCUGAUGGUGCAGUGGUUAACAUUUAGCUGCUAACCAAAAGGUCAGCAGUUCAAAUCCACCAGCCGCUCCUUGGAAACCCUAUGGGGCAGUUUUACUCUGUCCUAUAGGGUCUCUAUGAUGCACAAUCAACUCCUCUGCAAAGGGUUUGGUUUUGGUUUUUGACAGUUGACAUGGCCAAAGGAGUGAAUAUCUGCACACUCAGAACAUUCUCCCUGAGGUGUAAUUCUUGUUAGGUGCCCUUGAGUCAAUUUUCAACUCACAGCAACCCCAUGUGAGAGAGUAGAGCUGCCCCAUAGGGUAUGGAAUCACCAACCUUUCUGUUAGCAGCUGAUCGCUUAACGAUUGCACCAUUAGGGCUUCUUCUGAGGUGUUACAGGUGCCGCAAUUAUGGGUGGGAGGGUGGAGCCAGAAAAAUAUGAUUCGUUGUAUUUUUGUGAUCCAGUUUCUACCUAUAGGCACGUGAGACUUGGAGAAACUUGGCCUAAAAACCCAUAAUUAUUCUUUAAGUGAGAACAGCAACAAGCAAAUGACCAUACUCACUACUUUCUACAUCAUUCUUCCUUGAUAAGAGAAACGCAAUGCUCCCUUCCUCCAGACAAAUGUGAUUUUAAAUUCAUUGUAUCAAGCAACCACAAAAUCUUAAAAGGGUGUGUGUGUGUGUGUGUGUGUGUGUGUGUGUGUAAAACACCACCCCAUCUUAUUCCAAAGAAUGAUUAAGGCAGUUUACAAAAACGCAAGAGCCUUGGUGGCGCAGUGGUUAAAGUAGUGCGCUGCUAACCAAAGGCUCAGCGGUUCCAACCCACCAGCUGCUCUUCGGGAGAAAGAUGCGGGGGAGUGGACGGUUUGCUUGCAUAAAAAUUUACAGCCUUGGAAACCUUGUAUCUGGCAGUUCUACUCUGUCCUGUAGGGUCGCUAUGAGUUGGAAUUGACUCUAUGGGAAUGGGUUUGGUUUGAGUUUGGGUUUACAAAAAUACGAUACGAGAGAAAUAAGUAAGUACCAGAAGGCAACACUCUGCUGGGAAGAGCUGCCUUAUUCCUGGGAGCUUAUUCUUUUCGCUAGUGCUCGGCUCCCCUUGCUCCGCUUUCCCCGGUUCCACCAGUUUUCCUUUUCUACAGUUAUAAGCCACUUUCUCUUUUAGUAUAUGAAGACUAGCCUUAGCAACCUCAACACUGAAGCUCUUUUCUCUCUGCCCAAAGUAUACCUUACUCCCUCCCCUGGGUGGAUUAGGGGAAGUUACAGCAGAAGGAUGCCCUUGAGGGCCAAAGACGGAAGAACGGAAGAGCAGGAGGGAGGGGGUUGAAUUUGAUAGCACGUCCGGCUUGGUUAGGUGGUGCGCAUGCGCUCCCUGGGACACCUGGUACUUAGCACAGUUGACUUCCACUCCCAUGGUGCUCUGCGAGUGGAAUCAUGGUUCCCUCUCAUAAUGGGUUACCAGGUGCUAGUAGUUCUGGAUUGCUGUGUGGCCUUCAUACCCGGUGAAUUCCUCCAAAGAUCAUUUCCGAGCAAGUGAACAAAGCCAAAUCGUACUUAAAUAGGAUGAUUGCUGGUGAAGAAUUUGAUUAUAAUGAAAAAGGAUGGUAUGGCUGUAAGGGAGGUGAACUGUUGGAAAAAAAGAAAAAAGAUUUUGGAUACCUCUUGGAGAACUGUAAGAUAAACAUCAUAGGUGAGAAGGACGAUUUACUAGUUCAUUUCUGUGACAAAUGUGAAUUGCCUAUUAAGAUCUAUGGGCGAAUAAUUCCGUGCAAGCACGCUUUUUGCUAUGCCUGUGCUGUCUUAUAUGGAGAAAAAGGAAAGAAGGUGUGUCCAGGCUGUAGUUAUCCUGUGCUGCGAAUUGAGGAAUACAGACGAGGUUCUAUCUUCAUGUGUAGCACUGUUGAAAGAUGCAAGAGAACAUACUUGUCUCAAAGAGAUUUAAAGGCUCAUAUCGAGCACCGUCAUAAAAGAGCUGGGGAACCUGUUCCCCGUGCUUCACUAGAGAGAGUUCAUCCUCGUGUUGCCUCACCAUCAGUGCCACGAGACAAGUACCGUAUGAGCCACAGUCUGCCAAAGAAGCACACCAGGAUGCCACGAUUACCUCCAUACAAGCACUAUCAUCACCCACAUGAGCAUCGCCGUGCUCGUCGAGUAAGAUUGUCUCCACCUCCUCCAGCCUAUCAUGAAACCUUUCGUACUUCAACAAGAAAGCGCCAGAAUUUAAUAAUUGUCCCUCUUCAGGAUAACUCAGAUUCAGGGGCUAAAGAACCACCACCUCCUGCCUCGACACCUGCUCACCAUCGUCCUGAAUACCAAAGUCAUCCUAUGCCUUCACAGCAACGUUAUGUAUCACCAGCACCUCGAUCAUCAGUAAGCCAUCCAAUGCCAUAUUCUCCCCAGGCUGCAAGUACUCCUCACUUGGCUUAUAACAAAGUGCCACUUCCAGCAAUGACCCCUGUCCCACUAACGGUCCCUCCAUUUGGGUUUAUGAUUGCCCAGUGGCAACAUUAUAUGAAGUAUUUUCCUCAAGGAUCUCCCCUACUUCAGAAUGGUGGUCUAUAUGUAAAUGCGUUCCCUCUUCAUUAUUAUUACAACCCUAAGUCUUUACCUCAGUUUACUGGAAAUGAAGAAACUCUGGGCCCACUAUUUAAAUAAACAGCCAGAAGAAAUGAGCCAGGUGUCUGACCUGUAUCAAGAGGACGGCCACCUCCUCCACUAAUG